AUGGUGUUGCUGGAAAAAGAUCCCUUUUUGAAAUUUUCGAUUUUCCCCAAUUCUGACAACUUAUAUCUGCUGCAUUUGCAUGAGAUUAUCGGUUCAUUUGUGUUUUACCAAGUGGUCAAUGCUUAUAUAGCACCGUGGCUGAACAAGGCGAUUUUCAAAAGUCAUUACACAUCGAUUGAUGACGAGAAGGUGAGGGUAAAUUUUGAUAUACACACGGUGUUCAAUAUCCAGUGUUUAAUUUCCUUCUACACGAUUGCUCCCAUUCUGUUGUUGCCCGUCGGCUUGGAUAUUGUGAUGUACCAUGAUGAAUUGUGCUCGAUGGUGUCCGCGCUGACAAUGGGGUACUUUCUGUGGGACUGCUACAUUUGCGUCAAGCACUUCAAACUGUACGGCUUUGAGUUCCUUGCACAUGCAUUGAGCUCUCUGUAUGUUUUCACUGUUUCGCUGAGGCCAUUUUGUCAACCAUGGGUUGGCAAGUUUCUAUUGUUUGAAGCAAGCACGCCGUUUGUCAACACAAACUUCUUCAUUGCUCAGAUGUCAAGAGGCUCUACCGAUGCUGUUGUGCCCCCCUGGUUCAACAUGCUGAAUGGUCUCCUUUUGCUUGUGACAUUCUUCAGCGUAAGGAUCCUUUGGGGAUUCACGGCAGUUACCCUUUUAAUGCGCCAGAUGUGGAAAAGCAGACAUCAGUUGCCAUUGGUGCAGUCGAUGAUCUUGCUGGUGCUCAACGUAGGCUUGAACACAUUAAACAUUGUCUGGUUCAAGAAAAUGUUAAAACUGGCUAAAAAGAUGAUGGGCGGCUCGUCAAAGGUAUCAAAGAUGGCCUGA